AUGUGGAGGCUGAGACGUGUGGCUAUCGUUUAUACUCGUCAUGCACUCUCGGUUAGAGACAAGCUGGACCUCUUUGGCCACACUCGCCUUGCGUACCGUGGUCGAAACAAGUAUCUCCCGGCCCCGGUAAACGCUUUUGAGUACACCGUCGAGCUCUACGUAAAAGAAAGGCUGGAGCUACAGCGCGUAGCCGUGGAUGAGGUUGCAGCUCAGCAACAGCACCACGCGAUCGAGUAG